UUAGCGGCUUCUCUCGGCUGUGUGGUGAAGAGCAGAGGGGGCGGUAAGUUUGUACUGAGCCAAUAACGUGGAGGGGAGCGCAGCGUCCGGCUCAGCUGGCAGACAUUUAAAAAGGAGCCAGCCAGGCGCUGCUGCAGUUUGGAUUAAAAGCCCACCGCUGCCUCUCUUUCUUUCUCUGUCUCUGUAAGCCGUACUGGCUCUUCUCUCUCUCCUGCUGACCCCAUUUACCUUGCCCAGCCUCUUUUCUCUCCUCGGAGCCCUCCAGGAAGGCCACUUGGCUUCGCCCUCGUCGUCCCGGGACACUGACAGGAUGGCGGAUGUCUCGCGCCUCCUCUGCGCCCUGCUGAUGCUGGCCUCUGCGCUGGUGUGGCGCGCGGCGGACGCGAAGGGGAACCGCGGCUCUCAGGGCGCCAUUCCUCACCCGGCCAAGAGCAGCGCCAACGAGUCCGAGCGCCGCCGCGCAUCCUCACCUUCCUCCUCCUCCGCCACCUCCGCCUCCGCCUCCUCCGCCGAGGAGGUACUGGAGUCGAGCCAGGAGGCGCUGCACGUGACGGAGCGGCGCUACCUGAAGCGCGACUGGUGCAAGACGCAGCCGCUGAAGCAGACGCUGCACGAGGAGGGCUGCGCGAGCCUCACCAUCAUCAACCGCUUCUGCUACGGCCAGUGCAACUCCUUCUACAUCCCGCGGCACGUGCGCGCCGAGGAGGAGGGCGCUUUCCAGUCCUGCUCGUUCUGCAAGCCGCGCCGCUUCACCACCAUGACCUACACGCUCAACUGCCCCGACCUGCAGCCGCCCACCAAGAAGAAGCGCGUGCAGCGCGUCAAGCAGUGCCGCUGCAUCUCCAUAGACCUGGACUGAGAGUAGACUUGUUGGGGGUGGGGGGUCCGAACCGAAGCCAUUUCCCAGGAAACCACGGCGACGGCGCGAGCUCCAGUUUUAUUGUAACGAGGCUGAAGUCAGAUUCUUGCUCUCCAGCUUCUUGUUCGAAUUUUCUAAUUCCGCCUUAAACGCCGUAGAAGUGGGAACAGAAUAUAACUACUGCGCCGUUUAAGCUGCACCCUUUAAGGUGGAACGGAGAAAUGAAGAAGCUGACUUCAGCCUCGUUUUAAUUUUGCUGGAAAGCGGCAGAGGAGACUGACUGGGCUGUGUCUCAAAUCGACCACUCGUCCCGUGCGUAGUGAGCUAACAGGAGCUCUAAGGGUAAGAUUCACUGGAACAUUCGGGACGCUGCACCUCUGUAGCGCAAACGAGGCCACCUCUAAGACUUCAGAGUCCAAAAGCCCUGUUCCAAAGUCCACACCUAGGUGACCUAUAACUGACACACUUGUUUCAGCCACAGGUGUGUGAAUAAGUACUAACACGAACAAAAAUGGAUAAUAUAAAAAGGUUUUAGUGGAACAGCAGCUGGCUUUCCCUCCGUGACAAGACAACAAACUAAAACCAAGUUAGUAGUAAAUACAGCCUGUCAUGACUACAAUAACGGCUCAAAACACAUUUUCACCAACAGCGUCAGCGUUUCACUGAGGCUCAGAUAGCUAGCGUUAGCGAGCUAGUACACUUCACACAAUGUGAUAACCGGUGGGACUAAGUGGAUAAAUAUUAGUUUAUUCCUCACAGGAGAGACAGUUACCGUGUCAGUGAGUUGCAGCGGCCCCGUCACGCGAAAAUAAUCCCCUUACACUUCACUCUUUGUGAGAAGCCCCGCCCCUCAGCGGACACGGAGAUUUCCACGGGCUCUGCUGCUGCUAGACAGGAUAUCACCCUGCAGCCUUUAAGGCGUACCCACAGAUUAUUAUAUUAAGGCCACGAAUUACUGCACUGAGGCCAAAAUUACUAUAUUCACGCCACGAAUUAAUAUAUACGGACGCCACGAGAUAUGAGAAACGUUACUCAUGGCCUUAAUAUAGUAAAAGUGCCAUGCUUUGAUAGAAAAAUAAUCAUCUUGUCACUUUAGGGUGAGAUGAGAUGUGGCAUAUAAGGGGAAAAGGUGUGUUGGAGGGCGCGCGGGGGGUGGGGGGGUGGUCUUGUGCACUUUUACACGUUGAGGGAUGGGACACAUUUGGUUACCAUAAAACUUAUGAAUGCGGACCCAAGUGUGAACUUUGGGACACGAGGCUUCUGCUAAGUGACUGUUAACAAACAACCCAACUGCUAAGAUCCGCAUUUAUCAUUUGAGAAAGUGUAAACUGUUGAAAGACCAGCAGUGACUUGUAUAUACAUAUUAUUUUCAGAGUGGCUGGAGAUUUGGCCACCAUGUUGAAUUCAUCUGAUGUGGAUUUGUUGUUCACCGUCUCGCACGCCGGUUAGGGCACACGGAGGUUCCCUGCAUGUUAAGGCGACGACUGAAUGCUUAGUUAGUUCACUAUAGACGGAAAAGAGCGGUUAAUUUGAAGACUGGUCAGACUGAAGGCUCCUCCGCUGUCCAGCGUGUGUGUGUGUGUGUGUGUGUGAAAGCAGACCCUCUGCGGCUUUUGGUGGAGCAGGUUGCCUGUAAGCGCUCAAUCCAGCACAGAGUUUGGGAGAGUGCUGGAAAAGGGGUUUCCACCGUGUGGAAAUAUACUGACCUUUAAAAAGAGAGAAAUAAUAAGACACUUAUUUAAUUGGACCGGACGGGACGCAGGAGCAGGUAUUAUUUUAUUGUAUAGUCCGUUUGCUGUGAACGUGCUUUGGUCGCAGGAGCGAAAGGAAAUGUUGGUGUGCUAACAGAUGCUCGUUGUUAUAGAUAUUCACGAUAACCAGAAGCAUCAGAAAUGAUUUAUUACGGUUCGUUUUUCUUUUUUUAUUUGAAAUAAAGCUUUUGAUCCUGAAGUGGUACAGAACUUGUUUAUAAUGUAAGUAUCCGGGUUUAUUCUGUUUACUGUUUUUAUCCAUGUGUUGUUUUGAGUCUGUGUAAGGAGAGCGCUGCUUUCUCUCGACUGCAGGCCUCUCUAAAGUACUAAUAAAAAGGAAAAUCCCUCUGUUUUAA